ACGAGGACUACCUCCACGACGGUACAGCCUAGCCAGCUGUCAGCCAUCGAUUGUAAGAACUUUUGCUGGCUUAGAGAGCAACGUUACGUAUAAAAACAGCAUUUUCCACAGUAGUUUUCACAGUAUUUUGUGUGAAGAAUGGAUAAUAAUAUUCGUUACAAUAUGCCGCCACAGACAAACAAUGAUUCCAACGGGGAACCGUCGUGUCCAAAUGAGAUACCUACUUUAACUGUUUCAUUACCUGUUAUGCAGAAUGACAUAAUGAGUCACUCAGGAAACAUUGCUGCAGCACAAACUUCACUUGAAUGUAGAAUGGCUGACGGGGAAGAAAUACCACCGCCCAAAGCAGAUUUUUCAGCUCCUCCUCCUUAUGAAGUAGCUACCAAAUUGCCCAGUUACGAGGAAGUACAACGUGAAAAAACUUUACAGGGAGAACCCCAUCCUCAAAUACACAUGCCUGGGAAUAUUAGAGCACCACAGCAACCAUUAACAAUCCUUGCUAUAGACACCGAAGCUGCAGAAGGAGAUCCAGAAAGUGGAUUGCUUGGUACUGAUUUUAUGUUCUUUACAGCAUUUUUGGUUGCAUUUUUAUUCAAUUGGAUCGGAUUUUUGCUUUUGAUGUGCUUCUGUCACACAAUUGCAUCUCGAUAUGGAGCACUGUCUGGUUUUGGCUUAUCAUUGACAAAAUGGACAUUGAUCGUGAAACAUUCCACUGACCUUGCCUCUCAUGAAAAUUCAUGGCUGUGGUGGUUGAUAAUGGGAUUUGGAGUACUGAUUUGUGCACGAGCAAUUGUGCAAUAUUUAAACAUAAAACGUGGUUGGAGACUGUUGCCUGGAAGUGCUCAGGAACGUUUACUCUUUUUUUAUUAAGCCAUUAAAGCUGCACCUUUAUCUAACUUGGCUUUAGAAGAAACAGUAUUUCUAUUUGGGGUUGUAUUUGUACAAUAUAUAACCACACUCUUCAAAAAUAAUACUUUGUAUUGGCUACAUAUUAUUCCAUUACUAGAAAAGGAAGUUAUUGAAAUUAAACUAUUUGCCAAAUUCACUUAAAUGUAAAACGAAAUAAACGAGGCAGAGGAAAAUAACGAACAUGAAAAUAAUUUUUGCACACGAUUUUAUGUGUUAUCAUCAUGUAAACGCAUUAAAAUGUAAAUUUUUAUUGCUCAAA